AUGCCCGCCAGUUCCUUGAGGAGGUUCAUCCCUCUCGCCGCAAUAUUCCUGAUCAUCGGCUAUUUCACAUAUAUCUAUGACGACCAGGUCUGGUCUCUUCCACAUUUCAGCAGCAGUCUAGGAGGACUGGGUGCGACCGCAACAGCGAGUGCCAAACCUGUCAGUACCGGCAGUGGUCGGUUCCAACCGUUGCCAUCACCAAAUACUCCGCAACAAGUGCCAUCGAAAGGCGACUCGAAAGCAUCUCCCCCGAAAGAACCAUCACAGAUUCAGCCUCUCCCUCCCUCGAAAGACAACAACAACCCCCAACCUCUUCCUCCUUCGAAUGGAGUCUCAACCGCCCCCGCAAAACCGCCCAGCGUAUAUCGCGAAGUGUUCUCCGUGUCGCGCCGAAAGGGGAACUAUUUCGAAAUCGAAUUCCCGGGCUUCAAGGUCUUCAACCCCAACAUCCUCCCACACCCGAGCAAACCCGACACCUGGGUCGUCGUGGCCCAGAAAGAACGCGGCGGCUCUCACGACGACUUCGAAGCGAUCGAGUUGGUCUGUGAAGCGGUGUUCAAUGACGAAGACGAUACCUUGACGUGUUCGACCCCGCCGCAGACGUUACCGGUCAAACCUACCAAAGGGGGACUCUGCAAGGGCGAGCUGGAAUGGUUUAAUGGCGUGUCUGGCCCGCAUGACGCGAGGGUGUUUUAUGGGCCAAAGGUGCCGUAUAUCAUAUAUGGGUCGCGGUCGGGGUAUACAUGUUUUGGACAGUGGAUUCAGGAUUUCAGAGGGCUUCAACAACCGCCCAAAGAAAAAGACGUGUCCAACACCAACAUCGACCCCAUCAAAAGAUCUCCAGCAUCGGUCCUCUUCUCCGCCGGAACCGAGCUCCAUCGCCCCGGCCCAUUCGGCGAAUUCGAAAAGAACUGGUUCGUCUUCUGGGACCGACACGGCCAAAUGUACGCACACUACGACCUCGCUCCGCGCCGCAGUUUCGCCCAACUCGACAACGACGGCGCCGUGAUCGGGGAGGACAUGAGUGUGUUGGCGAUUGAGUCUGAUGAGGCAUGUAUGGCGAAGUAUAUGCCGAAAGUUACUUCCACCACAAAAUCCUCCCUCCACCAAGCCACAAACUCUCUCUCCAUCACGCUCUGCGCGCGCGCCGACCCAGCCUGCAAGCCCACCGAGGAAAACACUUUUAUCAUGGCCAUCUUCCAGCAGAAAUUCUACUACGCGUACCACAACGUCUAUCGGCCGUACGUGGUGCUGUUGCGGUCGUCGGCGCCGUUUGCGGUGCAUGCCAUUUCGCAGAAACCGAUGUGGUUCCAUGGACAUAAGAAGAUGGCGGACAAACAUGCUGCAGCAGAGAAAACAAAAACAACAACAAGAAGGAGGGGGUUGGAAGAGCGCGAUGCUGCUGCUGCGGAAAUGUUCUUCGUGACUAGUAUUGCUUGGAAGACGAACGGUCAGACAUAUCAUGGAUAUAUCGAUGAUGUGAUGUUUGUGACGUUUGGUAUUGAGGAUAAUAGGGCUGGGGCGAUUGAUGUGCGUGCUGGAGAUUUGUUGAAGGAUUUGGGGGUUUGUGGGUUAUGA